UACUUGUGUGUAAAGCCUUAAUGUUAAAAAUGGCCGCCCCGUCACUAUUUUGUUGAGAAAAAAAGAAAAAUAAAGUCGAUUUUCUUGUCAUAAAUAACAACAACUGUUUUGUUGUAAAUAACAAAUUUGUGCAUGUUUUGCUGCGGGAUGGCAUGUGAAUCUUGUUCAACAAAAUUUUCUCUCUUCAAGAGAAAAAAACAAUGCAUGGAUUGUCUACGAUUUUUUUGUACAGAUUGUCUUAUUAGAAGGGUAGACAGAGUAUUAUGUUGUGACAAUUGCAGUAUGCUUUCACGUAGACCUGUUAUUCGUAGUCAAAUUCAACAAAUGCGAUCACGUGAUUUACGACAAUAUCUCGUCGCAAAGAAAGUUUCUGUUCGCGGUUGUGUAGAAAAAGAAGAUUUAGUAAAUUUACUCAUAGUAUUUGCAAAUGAAGGCGAUUGUCACACAAAUAAUGGUGGAUUUGAAAGUGGACCAUUCGACAGAAGCAGAAAUUUUUUAGAGAGAAAUCAAAACGAUUUAUCAUCGAGACGUUCAAGAAGUCCACCAAGUAAUAUUGAAAGGCCAAUAAUAACAGAAGAGCCAAGACCGGAGAGAAUUCCAGAACCGGAAAUAAUUGAUGAACAAAGGCGAAAUGAGAGUCAAGUUGAAAUUGAAGAAUUAUCAGGAAGCGAUGAAAUUAUUAAUGAAACAGAAGCACAGCCUGUGAUAAUUGAAAAUGAUGAAAUCUCCGAAACAUCAGUUAUCAGAGAUACUGAUUCAUUUUCUGAUUCUCAUUCGAGGACAAAAAUAGUGGAAUUAUCGGAUAUAAAAGAAAUCUCAGAUUUAGAAUAUUUAACAGUGAAACAAUUGAAAGAUUUAUUAAGUAUGAAUCGUGUUGAUUUUAAAGGUUGCGUUGAAAGAUGUGAAUUAUUGGAUAGAGCGAGUAGAUUAUGGGAGGAACAUCGAAAAACAAGAGAAACAAAUAUAGAAACAAUGGAUGACGAAACAUUGUGUAAAGUAUGUUUGGAUGCACCAAUUGAAUGCGUUAUUUUAGAAUGUGGUCAUAUGGCAUGCUGUAUAAAUUGUGGUAAACAAAUGUCAGAAUGUCCAAUAUGUCGGCAAUAUGUUGUGCGAGUCGUAAGAUUUUUUAAAGCCUGAUUAUCUUCAUAAUUUUUAUAAACAUAGUUAUAUUUUAUUUCUUAAACGGUUGACCAUAUGGCAAAAAAAAAAAAAAAAUGUAUAUAGGCUUAAAAAAGGUGAAAAAUUUGAUCAAAUCUAUUUUAUUCACUAUAAUUACAAUUUUCAUUAAAAAAAAAAAACUGUACAUAGCCGUAAAUUUUAGGCAUAAUUAUUAUUUUUCUUAUAUUUGGUAGAAAAAAGGUUUUUCUAAAGUUAGUAAUUUCAUUGCAUCUUAUAUUUUUUUCUAAUAUAAAAGACUGGUUCUUUUACACUGUUUUUUUUCGAAACUACGAUAUAAUUGUCUCGUAGAAAAAAAGGAUUUUUGUUAAUUUUUCUGUAAUUGUAAUUAAUAAACCAAAUCAAAGAUUUAAAUGAA